AUGAAGACUGUCGCCUUUGCUCUCCUGGCUGCGGCCGGCGUGGAGCAAGUUGCUGCCACUGCCAAGCCUUUCAGCUGCCCCGGAAACACCAACAACCAGUGCAACCCCAGCAUGCAGAGCGGCUGGGACUUUAGCCAGUUCCCUACCGGCCAACUCGGACAGUUUGGUGGAUUCGGUUUCAGCGGCUGGUCCUGCGAGAACGACUUCAGCAAGCGUGAUAGCCUCCUAGGUGCUCGCUCCUUUGGCUCUACCGGCCGCUCCAUUGUCGGCUCCUGUACUUCCGAGAAGGAGACCUCUCCUUGCAUCACUGCUGACGAGAGCACCGGUCACUUCUCUGUCGACACCUUCUCCAUCUCCCCCGAGUUUGACUGCCGCCUCGAGUUCCACUACGGCAUGCCAGAUGGCUCUACCUGCAAGCACUCUGCUCAGUGCUCGUCCCAGGGAACCACCGUCAAGAACUCCCAGUGCGGUGGUGCCAAGUCCGUGACCAUUGUCUACCCCAACAGCGGAAAGUCAUCUUGUAGGACCAAGGUGCACCACAUCGGCUGGGACUGCGGCAGCAAUGCUCCUCCGCCAUCCCACUCGCAGCCUGCUUAUACUCAGCCUGCCUAUACUCCUCCCUCCCAGCACUCCAAGCCCCCUCACUCGCAGCCCCCUGCCUCUGGCGCUCCCUCUGGCACUGACUCUGGCUCCAGCCCUGCCGACUCUGGUCUUCCUUGCCCUCCUGUCCUGCCCAGCUGCAUCAACACCUGGCUGCCUCUUGUCCCCCACUGUAAGAGCAACGCCGAUGCUUCUUGCUUCUGCCCCAGCAAGGACCUCGUCACCAAGGUCUUCGACUGCCUCUAUGCCAAUGGCCAGAACGACGAUGACGUCUCCGCCGCCAUUACCUUCUUCCAGGGCAUCUGCGCUGGCUACGCCGGUUCCAACCCUGCCGUUGCUACUGGUGCUGAGACCAUCACCUCCAUCAUCACCGUGACUGGCACCCCUGUCGCUGCCCCUACCGACUACACGACUAUUACCGUCGCCACCACUGUCACCGAGCCUUGCGUCUCUGCUGGCAGCACCAUCACCGGCAGCAGCACCACUGUCUACGUUUCGACUGCCAUCACUGUCCCCCAGUGCCUCUGGGAGGGCGCAUGCACUAUGUAUUAA